AUGGAUCAUUUGGAACAAGAGAACCGAAAGCUCAAGAAAGAAGUUGUUAGACUCGCUGCUCUGAUGGAGUCUGUCAUUGCUGCUCAGAAUCAACUAUCUCCAACUCCUGCAACUCCUCAACAAAGGACUCUCAUCUCUGAGAUCGUCACAACGCCAGUGCCUAUGAUUCCAGCCAGCGAGUCUGCACUAGCUAUACCUGUUGAGUUCUCGUGGGGAAUGCCUCCGAACUUUAUGCCUGAAGGUUAUGCUCCAACUUUUGCUACUAUGUUGACAUCUAUCUCGGUCAUGUCUGUUCCUCCUCCUGUCAUGCAUACUUUACCUCGUGUUGAGGAAACCAUUUAUCAUUUUGAACCGUCUGAGGGCCCUGACGUGUAUGAGAAAAUGGACGAAAUGAAGGGCCAAUUACUAGAGCUGAGAAAGGAAUUAAAGACCCUGAGGGAUAAUGAUCAACUUCUCAUCCGCUACUUUCAAGAUAGCCUGACUGGUGUCGCGCUUCAGUGGUAUAUGGGUUUAUACAGUGCUAGUCUCCGUACUUUCAAUGACUUGGGUGAGGCCUUCGUAAAGAAAUAA